CAACCUCCUUUACGAAAGGCACUGCAAACCCCAAAAAGCGAGAGAGGGAGACUCAAAAUGGCGGAGGAGGAGCCGACGACGCCGUCACCGGAGAUUAAGAAGAACGAAGGCGAUGAAGGGAAGUAUAAGGGAGUGGCAGCAGAAGCAGAAGCAGCGGCGGCUUCUAUGGCUUUGAUGGCGGAGGAUCUGCAGCGUUCGGUGAUGCAAUCCAGGGACUCCGCCAUGCGUUCUGCUCGGAUUCUCCAACAUAAUAUGCCGGGAUACAUCGACAAAGCCGCCUCCAAAUACAGGACCUACGAACAUGCUUUCUUCCACAAAAUCAAAGAAGGAGUGAAGAGAGCAGCCGAAAACCCAGCCUCCACCAUUGGAAUUGGCCUUACUGCCGCCUUCAUUUUUUUACGAGGACCAAGAAGGUUCUUGUUUCGCAAUACAUUGGGUCGAUUUCAGAGCCUGGAGGCAAAAUAUGCCAAAGCUGAGAAGAAUGUAAACCAGCUCAACCUUUCUGUUGAUCUGAUGAAGCAGGAGAGCAAGAAACUUCUUGAGAGAGCAGGUUAUGCUGAAAAACAUAUGAAAGUUGGCCAAACUGAUCUCAUGGAUGUGGGAAGUCGGAUUCAAUCUCUGUCCAAAUCUAUGCGCAAGGUUGACUCCCAAGCUGCAGAUUUGAUGGAUGGGUUGCGAGAAAUUCCUAGCGGGGAAGCUUUGAAGCUCAGAUCACAGGUUGCUGCAAUGACAUCAGAACUGAAAACGCAGAAGGCUGUGAUGGACAAACACAUAAUGAAGAUUUCUGAAUUAGGACUGCCAGUGUGACAACUAGCCGGGAUUGAGAAGCCAUUUAGACCAGAACAUUCAUAUCAGACACGGGGGACUUUUCCCUCCCUGAUCUCCUCUUUUUGUUGUUUGGUAUGCAACAAGUGGUUCUGUUUUGUAAUAAAGUAUAGUAUAACGGUAAAUGAUAACCAAAUUUUCUUCACCGAGUUUCCUUGGUGGUGUUGAAGAGGACAGCAGGUGGCAAUGAGAGUAUAAGAACAGUUUUAGUAUACUCUCAAUAUUGGCUCGUUAACUAUUUUAGAGAGCAUGUUUAGGUAGUUAUCAAUUUAUCUUUUAGGCUUUUAUCUAUCUAGUUCAUAAAUAGGGAAUGAGAUGAGACUGUUAUAAUGUUAGGUCAAUCACAUUCUGGAAACCACCUCAUCUUACGUGCCAGUUUUUGUGGUAUAUAAGAGGUUUUUGACAGUUUGGAAAGUAAUUCACCUCAACUAAAAAGUGAAAAUGGUACGUGUUAUGUGGAGCCAUUUUGUGGCCGCGGUUCUUGCCCUUUGUUCCAAUCAGUGGCGGGUCUACGGUGGCUCGGAUUCUCGACCAAGAUGGUUCAAAGGUGCCAGAUACGGCUCGUUGGUCAUACCCAUCGAAGAUUGGUGAGUUUAUGGGUACUGCAGCAGUUGCGGCGGUGGGUACAGUCGUGCUGGAGGUUUGACUGAGGGAGAAGGCGGCAUCUACGAUUAGGUUUGCUGCCUAGUUCGUGUUGGGCCUGGAUCUUGUGGGCUUGUCGGCUGCGGGCCCUCUGGGUUCUGCAAAGCAAGUCCUUUUGAUUUUCAGAAAUAAAUCGG